ACUUCCGUAAAGUAAAUUUGCUACAACAGCUGACAUGGGUGAAGAGGCGUUGCCUUGAAGACGAUGAAGUAGUGUAUUGAAUUAGAAACGUUUAUUUGUGAAGAACCAGCCCGUGAGAGGACGAGACUCACGCUGCAGGUGCCUCAAUUAUGGAAGAUGUAGAGGUUGAGCUCGCACUACUGGCAGACUUAGCUCAUAUUGAAAUAGGUCGGCGUGAAAAGCGCCCUCUGUGUAACAGAUGCAGUCGACCAGUGGGUGUGUGUUGGUGUUGGAGUCUUGGAAGGCAGAGAGUGGAAACAUCUUGCCGAAUUGUGAUUCUCCAGCAUCCACAUGAAGAGAAACGCUGCCUCCGUACUGCUCCAAUUCUGCAGACAGCUCUACCUAAGGGAUCUUAUGUUGAAGUAAAGGGAAAACGAUUUCCAUUUUCAAGAUUCCCAGAGCUGGAGGAUAUAUUCACGAGUGAGAACUCAAUUCUCAUGUAUCCAGGAGAGAAAACUAUGAGUUUGGAGGAGCUUCCACAUGUGGGAGAAGAUAACCAAUCUCCAUACAAUAUCAUUAUUAUUGAUGGCACCUGGCAGCAGGCAAAAUCAAUGUACCAUAAUUGCCGCCAUCUGCACUCCAUGCGACGAGUUAGUUUAUCGGGAAAAUUCAUAAGCGAAUAUGUAAUCCGCACCCAGCCUACGGAAUAUGCUCUGUCAACUGUUGAAACUGCAGCUAUUGCAUUGGCCACAUUAGAACAAGAUUGGGCUAUUUAUAAUACACUCGUUCACCCUCUCCAACUCCUCUGUCAGUAUCAGAUCAAGCAUGGUGCGGUGCCUCAUCAAAGCAAGGAACAUAUGAUCACAUCAGGGCGUUGUAAUAAGUCAUUAGGAAAACGAACCUAUAAAAAACUCCGCAAGUGUGGUGCUAAACAGGGCGAUUCACUGUCAGAGUUCAUGGACUCUCUCACCUUAUUUAAUAGUCAAAUAGAAAACAUUAAUCAUGAAGAGGGAAUGCAUAAUUAUGAUGUCAGGUCUCAUGACAGACAUGACAAAGCCGAAAUGAAUCUUGCUGAAAGUGAAAAUUGUGCCCAUGAAAAAAAUAGUGGAAAUUCUUCUGGUAAUGAAACGGAGACCUUGAACGUGUUUCAUCAGAUUCUUCCCAUUUUGAAUAAUAAUGCCAUUGAUUCAUCUCCAAGUUUUAGAUGAUACAGAAUUUUUACUGCCAAGAAUUUAAAAAUUCUAGAUUUUUGUAGUAUUCAAGAGAGAAAAUCUUUGAAAUUCUUGGAACCUUAUUCCUAUAUUUGCAGCUUAUUAAAAUGGAAAGUUCAUGGAUUUUCUUGAUUCUAGUUUUAAAUUAUGUAUUAAUUUAUUUUACUAUAAAUCAUGUUGUGAUCAAGAGCCAACAUUGGUUGUGACUCAGUUUUGCUGAGCUUCAUGCCAUAUUGGUGUUGUCUCUAGUGAUAUUUGAGUCAGGUCCUUCAUUGGAAUCCUCGAUGAAUCAUUCCUUUGAUAUCACUCGUCUCGUAUUGACAUCCUAAUUUUAUAUCUAAGAACUCUUAUUAUUCUGUAACACAGUGCUAUAUAGUUUUCUGGGCUUUGCAUUUCCUUUUGAUAAUUACAGGCUUGACAGUUUCUUUUUGUUUGUUACCAACCGAACGUUAGGAAUGCACAAUAAUGAAAUGCAGAACAGAAUUAUCUGAAAAUGGAUGUUUCAGUGUAUGCCAAAAUUUGUAAUUCGUAAUUCUACUAUGCAAAUUUGGUCUACUAUUUAAGUCUGUCUACUAUGCAGACCUGACCUUCAAGUAUCUUCCAUGUAUGUAUUAUGUGAUACCUCUCCUGUCUCUUUUUCCAGAGAGUACACUUUGAAAGCUUUGAGAUGGUUCCAAUAAUUGAGGUAAUAUAGUGUCUGUGUGUGCCAUGUAUGUUCUCUAUAUUCCAUCCAUUUAAGAAAUCUCUCCUGCUCUGAAAAAUAAAGUGAGACCCGAGCAGUACUCAAGGCAUGACCAGCCAACCAAAUAAUUCACAAACCUAGUGUGACUGAGGACACAUGUCUGUUGGGCCCAAUGUUGACUUUUUGAUCAGUGAUGUUGGCUGUCAUUUUUUGCUUCAUGUGUGUUCCUAUACUACUUUGCAUGUGCUCUCAUUCAUGCUUUUCCCAUUUUCUUGGAGGUAUUUUUUUUUCCAGUCAAUCAUAAUGCUAUCUGCACCCAUUGGCUAGUUGGUAAUGUUUUACAGAUAACAAAUUGUGAACUAUUAAAUGUGCCUGUCCCUAUGGGCUAUCCUCCUGUUACAGCAAUAGGUGGAAUGGAAAUGGUUCUGACUAGGCUUCAUGUUGGCCACAUGCAUUUAACUCUUGGGCUCUUAAAUGAACAAAGCCCUACUCCUUACUGUGUGAACUGCAUUGUUCCAGUUAUAGUUGCGCUGCCUCCUUGUAGAAUGUCCUGAUUUUCAAGAUGAUCGUAGAUCUUGGUGUUCCCAGUGUCUUUUUGACAUUGUUCAUUAAACAAGAUCCUCAGUGAAUCCAAUGUAACUCGGCUUAAGAUUUUUUGCUUUAUCAUUGGCAUCUUGAAUGAUAUUUAGAACCUUUUGAAUAUCCUGCAACAGACAAUGCUAAAUAGCCUUCCUGGCUUAUGGCCAUUUUUUGAUACUUGCAGUGUCCGGUGUUCAUAGUAUGCUUCAGCUAUUAUAGCUAUGCUUAUCUUUCUUGAUGGUUGGCUCGCAUCUCCACUGUCCCUCCAUAAUUUUUUUUCCCUGCAGGGUUUUGGUUGCCUUCAUUCAAGGAAACAAAGUACAGUACAGUACUUCCUUUCCUGUAGUGCAUUGGCUCUUGCCUUGCUGCGAUUCCUGUUGUUGGGAGUGAUAGUUUCUAACAAUUUUCUAGUGUGCCUUUAGUAUCUCGCUCACUCUUUACUGAUGCUCUGGCUAUGAUAUAAGGUUGGGGUUGGUAUCUAUAUUAUCAUUGGAGACCAAUGACCUUCACAACCCAGGCCAACAUGGAUUUCGAGCAGGAAGAUCGUGCCUCUCACAGCUACUUGAGCACUACAACAAAGUCACUGAGGCAUUAGAAGAAAAACAGAAUGCUGA